AUGGCCCGUCCAGAGGGCUUCCAGCGCUAUAAAGUAGACUACGAAUAUGAAGGUUAUUCAUACACAGAGUCUGACUCUGACAGUAGCUCCGAAGGAUCGACCUCUCUACCACCAUUUCAAUUACCUAAGGCAAGAAUGGACGAGAAAUGGCUGAGAGACAAAAGAAUUCUACGAAAAACACCAUACGGAAUAUCGUCAAGAGGACAUAUUAAGCCUACAGAUAGCAGUUCGUUGUCGACCAUCCAAUCCAAUAUAUCUUCACUUUUGGAAUCUACAAAUGAAGAGGAUGAUCUUUCGGAUUUGUACACUCCUGUACAGAAAGGAGAACGACAUCGCCUACCGCCCACAUUUGCUGUACCUCAUGAACUUUCACCAGUGAUGAGCAGCUCUAUAGAUGAACCACCAAGUGUACCCUCAUUGAGGCUACAACGAGACUGGCGACCUCAGCAAACAUCGACAACAACAUCAUUCCAGCCUUUCGUAUCAACUCUUCCAAAGACUAACCCCCAUCAUGGUCCGAAAUUUGUCAGCUCCACGCCACGAACAGCAACCACCAGUCGGAUUCCUAUGUACAGUUAUAAUCAGAUUAUUGAAGGAGUAUCUCGACCAAGCAGCUAUUAUGGCGAAGAAUCAUGCGAAUUUCCAUCAUCUCGAUCUCAUGUAGAGAAUGUGAAGCCGACUUUUUACCGUCCAGAAAAUUUUGGGCUGCCGACUGGGGUUGCAAAAAAUGUUGGCAGCGAAGGAAUAAUUUUUCUUAGUAUGACACUUUGUGGGAAUCAACUAAACGUUACUAUCAAUGAGGCUGUUUACUUUCAAGAUCCAUAUCAGCCACAGAUUUCUUCAUAUGUCAGAGUAGAAAUGCGUCGUCGUUGUGGAAACAGUCGGAAAAGAUACUACAGAGAAAAGAUCCAGUCGUACAAAACUCGUAACUGGGUGGCAACAAACCGGCCAGCGUUCAAUGAGAAGUUCACAUUUUAUAUCGAUGAGGACAACUACUUCCGGGAUUUGCUAACCAUCAGUGUGUACAAAUUGAAAGCGGACAACCAUCAACAGAGGAUGCGAAUGUUGGGAUGCAUGACGUUCCCUGUGAAACGCCUCAUGAAAAAAGCAAGAGAAGCGAACGACGGCUAUUACAUCGACGAGAACAUGACAAUGGAUGAAGUUGUCGUGAACGAAGGUGGAUUCUUUCUGUUAAGCCCGAAACGUGGGGAGAAAAAGAGCUUUCCGCAGAACAAGAUCAGCAUCAAAACCUACUACAACGACAAAACAUUCAGCGGAGAUGGUGUUUUGACCACGUCGAGUUCUUGCAUCUCAAACCCAUCUGAGAUGCCUCCACGAACGCAGAGAUCAAGUGCGUCAGGAAGAAAGAAGAGUGAGUCAGAUCAUGCUCCCAUUCGAUUCGAAGCGAGUGAUGUCGACCAUUAUGCUGGAUGUAGUGGUGUUGCUAUUCGCUUGGAGAGAAAUGCUGCGGAUAGCUAUGAGGACAAUAAUAGCGUCCCAGUUCGAUUUGAAAGAAACCACAAAGUCGAAGAAUAUAUGGGAUCAAACGUCCUUCCAACAAGAUUCGAACGAAAUAAUAGCGACUAUGUUGGAAAGAACACCGUCCGCAUUCGUUUCGAACGAAAUGAAGAUAACCCGUGCGGAAUUUUUGGCUCGCUUGGAGGUGGCAUCAGACGCUCCCAACGAGCCACCUUGCCAGACCUCUCGACCACAACGGAAAACACUUCGGAAGGAAGUGCAGCGGCGUUCCAUACUCGUCGAUGUACAGUUACUCAAGAUCGUCUCACCCCAGAUGCUAUUUAUAAUGGUCGCAAGAAAUGUCCAACCCCUUCCAGUCCUCUGGAACCGAAGAAAGAUCAAGGAGUCCGUCGGGCAGCGUCCUUCACGUUCUCUCCCAAAGGAGCCGCAGAUAAAACGAACCGGCGUGUCACUGUCCCGCAAGAGCGAGAGGAGCGUGAGGACAAAAAGAAACUCUUUGGCCCCAUUUCGAAAACGAUCAGUAUGAUUCGAAAUAAGCUGGAUGUUGCGCUAUCUACCUCAUCACUUUAUCCCAGUCGAGACGAGGUUCGACAAUGGAGGCACAGUUUUGAGUCGCUGCUCAAUCAUAAGUACGGCUGCUCGCUGUUCCGUGAAUUUCUCAAGAAAGAGUUCUCAGAUGAGAAUGUGGAUUUCUGGUUGGAAUGUGAAGAGUUUAAAAAGAUGAAGGAAGGAAAGAAAGCGACCAUUCAAAAAGCACAUGAGAUCUUCAAGGAGUAUGUGGCUGCAGCUGCACCGAAAGAGGUGAAUCUUGACUCCGACACUCGAGCAGCUACAAAAGCAGCGAUGGAGAGUGGAUGUAAGACUGAUACCUUCAGUUUGGCACAAAGCCGCAUCGAACAACUGAUGGCAAAGGAUUCAUAUCGUCGUUUUCUUAAAGAUCCGCUGUACUUAGAUCUGGUGGAAGGGGUAGAAAAUGGCGAGAAUUCUCCGAAAGUCCUUCAAAAAUAA